AUGGCCACUUUUUCGACGGUAAUCCAGGUUGUGCCGUUUUUCUGUUUUCAGGCGGCUGUCUUCGGGUGGACAUUCAAGUAUGCGUUGUCGUCCAGUAUACUUGAGUCUUAUGGGCUGGGAGUAACUGCUCGAAAAAAAGAUAUCAACAAUUAUAUCUAUGAUAAUUUCAACAAGCGAUACGGUCUCAAGUUGAUCCUGGUGGACGUAUCGACGCUACAAAACGAUGUGGACGAGAAAGAAAACUUCAAACGACACGGAUAUAAAGUUAUGUCACUGGUGUCAAACUUGCAGGAUGCAGUGGUUCGUGCAGCGUUCGCUGCAUGCACAUGCAGCAGUGUAUCGAUGAUUGUACUAAUGAUGUGUGAAUUGGGAGGUUUCAUGGCUGAGCUGGCUCGGGCCAUACUUUUUGUCAUCACGGUGGAUACGUUGAUCAUUCUACUUACUAUGGUGUUGCCAUAUUUGACAAUGUCGAUUUUAAUUGACGAAUCGGUGUUUCCCACCAAACCGAGAACAAGAAUAAUUGCAGCCAUUUGCUAUAUAUUGUGGUUCUAUGUCCUCCACAAGUUCAGCGAUUUGUCCCAGACAUUCACUCCGGCCUCGACAUACGAUACCCGGUCAAUUAUAGAACGCAAAGUGAAUCAAGUAGCAAUUGCUGGUAUUACUACCAUGGCUAUAUUUUCAGGCAUUGGGUCUGCUUCUACGGUUUCGGACCAUGCAAAGUUGCUCAGGCGAGCGGUAGGCAGAGUUGGGUCGAGAAAGAAGAUAAUUACCGAAGCAGAACUCAAUUCUCUCAUCCAGUCGUAUAAUCAUACUGCAGCCUUGGCGACUAAAAGAAGAGAAGAACUCGAUAGAAUGCUAGUUGCGCACGGAGGAACCAUUUACAACAAGUCCAAUGCCUCUACCGACUCGUUUGGCUCACCCAAAAAGAACAGAUUGGGCGGAAUUAUUCAUAAAGUACAGUCGUUUGCUAGCAUGUCCAGCUUGGGACUCGGUAAGGAACAGCGAGAUGAGCAGGAGCUCAGCAAUGAAAUUGACUCGUUGUGUACACUCCAGAACCACAUUUACGACGAAUUGACCAAAAAAUUGGCAUCUUUUGCAAGUCAAGAAGACGGUAUGAAGCUGACUUUAGCCGGAAUAAUUGUUAAAUUUUUCACAUUUGGCUUUGCAGUUUACUGCGUUAAUAGAAUCGCAAUUGUGGUUUUGGUGCGACUUCCUUCGAGGAUGAUUUAUGGAGAUGGAAGUAAAAAAUCCGCUUCAAACUCACUGGAUGCUCUUGCAUUCACUUUAGCCCAUCUAGUGCAACUUUUCAUCGGAGAAGACACAAUUUCCGAGAUUCAACUCAUCAACCAGAUUGCACUUGCAUUAUCUGGAGGAUUGUUCAUUUGCACAUUUACGUCGGUACUCAACACAUUCAAGUCGUUUGCCAAAUUUCUUCCCUCAUUUACCAAAGUUUCUGACAAAUCCAAAAACCACUUGAAGCAUCUCGUCAUUGCCGAGCUUUUGGGAGUGUAUGUGAUUUCUACCGGACUCCUCAUUCGCACCAAUCUACCCCAAAACCUCUCGGACCAAAUCACAAGAAUUCUUUCCUUGUCGGGAUCUACCGUGUCUGCGGAAACCGGAAUAACGGCCCGAGAAAUACGGUUUAUAGAUAGUUGGUUCGACAAGAUGUACGGGAUUUCGUGUCUCGCGACCAUUAUUCUGCUCUGGCUUCGACAUUUGAUCGACGCCGAAGACACCACAUACGACGAGGAGUCGUUGGUUGAGGACUUUAGCUACAAAACUUUAUAG